CAAAGCCAUCGCGUAGGCCGAGAGGCGUCGCGAAUCCUAUCACACGGAUAUUCCUGCAAGAACCUCGCAUUCAACUCCCUACUCCAAUCCAAGUUGGAUAUCCGGCGUCCCACUGAUAUCGAAUCCGGGUCUGGUCAUAUCUUGGCUGUUCUCUUUCAGUCUCGUGUCUACCGCAUUGCCGAAGACGAGGCAUGUACGCAGGCGCUACUGAUGGCGUACUUCGUGGCAACCCGACCCCCCUCUGCCAUUCCUCUGGGCCUGCCGUCACUCCAGAGAUCUGCGAAGAGCUCCAGUCAUCAGCUUGCGUUGAUUACGUCCCUGCCCUUUGUACACCCCGCCUGUCGCUACUAUCGAUUGAAUGGCUCAGUGAGGCGUCCGGACUGGCCCAUGGACUGGAGAAACGCGACUGCCGGACUGGCCAUAUAGCUUCAGAUUGGAGUCACGCCCCGCGCUCCAUUGGUCCACAUCCGGCUGUGAUACGGGAGACAGUAUGCCUGACUUUCGAAGAGGAGAGAAUCGACCACCUCAUUAGAGGAAAACCGGUCGAGCGUAUCGCUACAAUUCUAGGACUGGGAGGUAGUGAGUCUAACUCUGGCCUUGGCGAUUUCUGUCGAUUGAAUCGGCUUGCGGCGACCCUCGCACGCAAGAGCCUCCGUCGGAAUGGCAUCGACGUACCUGAAGAUGGUGGAAGGUACAAGAAAAUCAUCGAAAAAGUGGCCAAAGCGCUCUCCAUCAAGGACUAGGUGUCCUCGAUGCAACCGAUCAAGGCUUUGCAAACCCGCAAUGAAGAUGAAGAGAAGCUCGGGAGAGAGCGCGAAGAGUCGGCGCAGCUUGAGACACUGUUUGCACUAUCGAGGAGUCACAUCUGGUCGAUGGUUCUUACAUGCUCAUUCUGCGUAGUCAGGACAAGAUGCAAAUGGACAUUGUGCUACCAUUGACCUGGCCUGGCA